GCGGCGCUAGCUGGUCACCGUAGUAACUACCUAGCUAUGACAUGCAGGCGAGGAAAUUGUAAUAGCGGCAUGGAUUCUCAUUUGAGUAGCAAUAGCACAACCGGUGGUGCUAAUCGUAAACAAAGUAUAAUCAACGCCCCAAACAGAUCCGGGACUGAGCCUUGUUAUGAUCGUAAAGUAGGGAAGGCUGAGUAUGGUCACCAAGCAUGCCAGGGCAACAUGACUGUAUCCUCACUGAAGACACGUCUAGCCCCGACCAUUCAAACCACGUUAUCCGCUGCUGUGGAUACCCUCUUGGGCGAAGUAGUACUUGUACUAAACGAGACCCAACAAGAGCUGGUUAACAAGGAGCAGGAGAACGAAAGACUCAAAGUGGAAUUGAGGACUUUACAGGAAUGCCUUAGCAGCGCCCAAAAGUUAAUCGACCAGUUGCAAAUUCCUUUCCCUGGUGCACAGACCAUGGGUCAGUCGGUUUUCGCCCCGUCUCUCACAUCUAUUGGCUCUAUGGACAGGGACCGCCAGAGCCACCGUAAUGUGAACGGUGCGGAUGGCCGGUGUGUUUCCGGGGUCGACCUAGAGAUGGGUGGCUCUCUCAGUGAGUCUCUGCAUGGUUAUGACUCCAGGGAUGACUAUAAAAUGUGUCAGCUCUCAAUCCAAUCAGAUGGCUCUGUGACCAACCAUUCUAUGGACUCCUAUGCUGCCAACGCACCUAACAUCUGCUCCGACCCCAGCCGGCCAGGUAAAUUAUUCCUAUUUGUCAUAAGGCAAUCCAAUGUGUAUAUGUAGAUAUAAAAAGAGAGAAUAUCAUUACAAAUUUGUUGUAGCUCCAUGCCAUUCAUUUAGAAUUAAUGGAAACAUGGAAUGUCUAUGUGCUUCUAACAUCCCUUUCUGUUGUUUUGUACUAAACAGAUGAGAGGCGGCAGCAGGGGACCCAAGCAGUAGGACCAAGGUUUGAGAUCAAAGAAGAGCAGGGGCCAGGUCCAAGUUCAGGUCCAGGGCAGGCCUGCAGUAGAGGCCCAGGGCUGAGGAGCGCCGGGGGUGCUGGUGGUGAGCAGACUGCCUCGAAUGUGGGUGAUCUGGGAUACAUCCAUGUUGUGGAGCAGGAGGGGUCAUUGCGCUCCAGCAGCUACUCUCUCCGCCACCCAAAACCCACGCGGCCACGUGCUGCUACCUUUGGUCCGGCUCAGGGGGGACUGGCAGGACAGAAAGCGGUGUUGAGGUCCCCUGGAGCAGUAGGAAGUGACAUGUCCCCAGGUAGGGCAGGAGAGACAGCAGGACCAUCCACCUCUCCAGGAGACCCAGACACAGAUCGCCCCCACCAUUGUCUGGAGUGCGGGAAGACCUUCCGCCUCAUUUCCAGCCUGAAGAAGCACAUCCGUAUCCACACAGGAGAGAAGCCCUACCCAUGUGGGGUGUGUGGCCGCCGCUUCCGUGAGUCGGGGGCCCUGAAAACCCACCUUCGCAUUCACACCGGCGAGAAGCCCUAUUCCUGCUCUGAUUGCCCUAAAAUCUUCCGCCACCUAGACGGCCUGCGCAAGCACCAGCGCACCCACACUGGUGACAAGCCCUAUGUGUGUGCCAUCUGUGGCAAGCGUCUGAGCCGACUGCAGCACCUGAAGCACCACCAGCGCAUCCACACCGGAGAGAAACCCUGCAGCUGCCCCUUCUGCAACCGCACUUUCAAGGAGCCGGCGGCAUUGCGCAAGCAUGUCCGCACUCACCGUGAAGAGUCUGUUCACAUGGAGGCAGGCAUGGGCGACGACCCGGACCCAGACGCCCUGAACAACAUCAACAGCCUCCACCCUGCUGCCCCCUCCCCUCAGAUGAGGUUUGAUGAGUGGGGAGCCGAAGGGGACGAUGUGGACUGUGUGUAG